GUAGUGCUGGCGCUCCUGCGAGUCGGCUUCUGCAAACACGAACCCUCGCGUAGACCCCAAAACUUCCAUUUUUCUUCUGCUUCCGCUCCUCUCCUAUCCGAAACCAUUGAAGAAGUUUGUGAGAAUUCUCUAAGAAGCUGAGAAAGGCUGUAAGAGUGAAGAAAAGAAAGAGUUUGAGAUGGAGAAUGGAAAUCAUGAAAUCCCAGAGAAUGCCAAUGAGCAUUGUCCAGGGCCUCAGUCAGAGUCCGCUGGAAAGUCUGAUGCUUGUGAAGGUUGCCCUAAUCAGCAAAUAUGUGCCACUGCUCCAAAAGGGCCAGAUCCUGAUCUGAUUGCUAUAGCUGAGAGAAUGGCUACUGUUAAGCACAAAAUACUGGUUUUAUCUGGCAAAGGCGGUGUCGGAAAGAGUACAUUCUCAGCUCAACUCUCAUUCGCUCUUGCAAGCAAAGACUACCAGGUCGGCCUACUCGACAUCGACAUAUGCGGCCCUAGCAUCCCCAAGAUGCUCGGUCUAGAGGGACAAGACAUCCAUCAGAGCAACCUUGGUUGGUCUCCCAUCUACCUUGAUUCCAAUCUUGGUGUCAUGUCUAUCGGCUUCAUGCUUCCCCAUCCUGAUGAGGCUGUCAUCUGGCGCGGGCCUCGCAAGAAUGGUCUCAUCAAGCAGUUUCUAAAAGAUGUGCAUUGGGGCGAGAUCGACUAUCUCGUGGUGGAUGCUCCGCCUGGUACGUCCGACGAACACAUUUCAAUCGUCCAAUUUCUUCAGGCAUCUGGGAUCGAUGGUGCUGUCAUCGUCACUACCCCACAGCAGGUUUCUCUGAUCGAUGUACGUAAGGAAAUAAGCUUUUGCAAGAAAGUUGGGAUCAGAAUCUUAGGAGUUGUGGAGAACAUGAGCGGGCUGAGGCAGCCAGUGUUGGAUCUCAAGUUUGAGAGAUCUGUUAAGAGUGAGAAAGGAACUGUAGUCGAGGAUGUCACCGAGUGGGCUCAGAAGUAUAUAAAUAAGAAUGCGCCCGAACUAUUGUCUCUUUUUGCCUGCGGUGAGGUGUUUGAUAGUAGUCGAGGUGGUGCAGCAAAAAUGUGUGAUGAUAUGGGUGUCCAAUUCCUUGGCAAGGUGCCUAUGGAUCCUCAGCUUGGCAAGGCGGCAGAGGAAGGGCGGUCAUGCUUUGAGGACAAGAAGUGCAGCUCUAGUGCUCUGGCUCUUCUAAGAAUUGUUGAUCAACUAAUUGCUUCUCAUGAGUAGUGGUUUUAUAUUAUAUUGAGCUCAAGAAGGUUUUUCUUUAAUCUUAUGUGUUUUUCUUUCAUUACUAGUCUGCAUUCUUCUUCACCCCCUGGGUUUUGAAAAUCUUAUGCAGAUUUUGAAGGGUUAUUUCGUCCAAUACCACAUAGUAGUACAGGUUUGGAAAACUUUCAUGUAAAUUUUUUCGCUGAAGUCAUGUAUAACUUUUCUUUAUUUGUUAUUUGGUAGUGGAGUUUUUUUUGUUUGGGGAUAAUUUAGAUAAAU